CCAAAAACGACGUUGUCCUCGCAUUCAUUUGAGUUGAGCGCACCAAACCAGAGAGAAACAGAGACAGAAGACAGCAAUGGCAGCUGAAGGAGACCUGAAGUUGCUAGGCUUGUCAGUGAGCCCAUUCGUAGUUCGUGUUCGCAUGGCGCUGCACAUGAAGGGCCUGAGCUACGAGUAUAUCGAACAGGACCUCUUCAACAAGAGCGAGCUUCUCCUCAAGUCCAACCCGGUGGAGAAGAAGGUGCCCGUGCUCAUCCACGACGGCAAGACCAUACUCGAUUCGUCGGCCAUCGUGCAGUACAUCGACGAAGUCUGGGCCGCCAUGGGGCCGUCGAUCCUCCCCGUCGACCCCUACGACCGCGCCGCCUCCCGCUUUUGGGCCGCCUACGCGGACGACAAGCUGUUCUCCGCUUAUGUCGGCAUUAAUAGAGCGACGACGAAGGUGGAGAGGGCGGAGAAGGUUAGCGAGACGGUUGCGGUGCUCGAGCGACUUGAGGAGGCAUUUGCCAAGCAGUCGAACGGAAAGGCGUUCUUCGCCGGGGACUCCGUCGGGUACCUCGACCUCGCGGUGGGAUGCCACUUGCACUGGCUCAAGGCGCAGCGCAAGAUGUUUGGCGUGGUGUUCCUCGAGGCCGGCAGGACUCCGCUCUUAGCGGGCUGGGCGAAACGGUUCGCAGAGACCGACGCGGCCAAGGAGGUGGUACCGGACACGGACGUGGUGAUGGAGUACGCCAAGAAGCGUCAGGCUUAUCGUGCUGCUGUUGCUGUGGCGGCGGCGACUGCCAAGUGAAACUCUUCAGACCAGUGUGACUGAGUAUCUACCACCCAAGCAUAGCGAAAGCAAACUGAUCACCUAUGUACGUACGUGUGUAUUUGGGAGUUUAGUUUCCAUGUCUUCCCACGCGCUAAACGCUUGCUCAAAACAACAAUUAUUUGUGAGGGGCAUAACAAUGCGUCAUAUGUUAAAUAACUUAUGGUUCCGGCGAAAAACUUA